AUGAUGCGUUUAACCGCCGAAACCGCAACCAGUCGCAACACGCUUUUGACGAACCAAUUGGGUGAUCGUUGCAUCAACGUUUCUCUCUUAUAUAAGAGUAUUCCCCACCGGAUAUUCAUCCAAAAGAUGCGGAUUUACUCGCUUAUCGCAGCAGCUUUGCUGGUUACCGGAGCAUUGGGUAUCACGAUAUCUCAAGAUACAGUGACUCUGGGUCCACUUAAUGCUUUCGUUGGUCUUACAAAGGUCGACGCUGGUGCAUAUUGGUCCAUCGUCAACAAUGCCGUUUCUAGUUUUUUGGGAAGUCUUCAAGUGGAUGGAAAGCUCUUCAUUAGCAGUAAUACCAAUUUGAUAGGUUUGACUGUUGAAUUGCUCGGUGUUCUCAAUUCAAUCACCAAUAAUGGAGAUAUUUCUCUUGACUCCUCAAAGUCGAUUUUAGCUCCCAACUAUAACCUUAUUGGCGCCCUGUUCACCAACAACGGAAAUAUGUGGCUCGCUGGUGAUGGUAGUGUUGGUACACCGCAAAUGUCAAUCACUUCUCUUAGCUGGAAUAAUAAGGGACUUAUCGUUUUCCAACAAAAAGUCUUAUCAAGUGGUUUCGUUACCUUGGGUGCAGUCGGCACUAGUAUCCAAAACGAUGGUACCAUCUGUUUGAUAAACGAAGUUUAUUCACAAACCACUGCUAUUAAAGGAAGUGGUUGUUUUGACAUUGGUGCCAAAAGUAAUGUGUGGAUUCAAAACUCUCUCUUGAGUGUUGACCCUAACCAAACGUUCUACUUGAGCAGUCCAUCGUCUAGUAUGAGAGUUGAAGCGCUUUCAUUGAGUCAAACCUUCAAGGUUGCUGGGUUCGGAAAUGGAAACGUUUUGGGGAUCAGUCUUCCAAUUUUCAGCUUCCUGUACAGUCCAGUAACAGGUAUUUUGAAGAUAAAUACCUCGCUCCUCUUCUCGUUCAACUUUAAUAUCGGAACAGGUUAUGACCCUACUAAGUUCGAGAGGUUCACUACCGACUUCGGAGGAAUACUUACGACUGUGAUCAACGGAGGUAUCAGGUAUAACGGACCUGUACCAUCAGGAGCCACGCAGCCUACUGCUUGUAAGGCUUGUCUUCCAUUGCCAACACCUCCACAACCAUUCGUCAUCGUCGAGUCUGAGUUCAUCUAG